UAUAAAGCUGUUUGAACUUUAAUGUGAUGCAGCACGUUUUGCUAAGACCUUAUUUGGACGCCCGAAAGUCGAGAAAAUUCUAGGGCAUUUUCUGAGAGCAUAUAAAACAGAAAGUGCGUUGAAUGUUACUUCAGUUGAUUUGAAAGAAAGACUGAUUGUUUAUUUUUGAAGAGUUCAGAAUAUUUUAGAGAUGGCAUCUUGGCAUAUUCCUGUUCUUGGAUCAGCCUUAAUGGAUAUCGAAGAAGAUUUUUUUGGUGACUUAACUUUUCCUCCGAUGCGUUACUUGCCUCUACUCUACAACCAUCACCCAUUUUUGCAUAGCGCUGAGAGACGCUUACAAGAUAUAACUGCUAGAGAAAGGGAAAGGUUGUCUCGUCAAAUUGGUCAGGAGUUGUACGGGGUAUCCGGAGAUCAAAAGGAUAAGUUUGGUGUGAAAUUAGAUGUUACACGCUAUAAACCCGAGGAAAUUACAGUUAAAGUUGAUGGACAAAAAUUAUUCAUCAAAGGAACACAUCGCACCGAAACUGACACAGGCUACGAGUCUUGUGAUUUCCAACGCGUUUAUACCAUACCUGAAGGUAUCGACACAAAAAACCUGACAUCAAAUAUUUCUGAAGACGGGGUUCUUGCAAUAGAGGCACCCAAACUGAUUACAGAAAGUGAAAGUCAGGAAGUUCAAAAAAAAGAAAAUUAUUGCCUUGUGUUAGAUGUAUCUGGGUAUAAGCCAGAUGAAAUCAGUGUCCGCGUCCACGGAAGAGAUCUGUUUAUAAGAGGAGAAUCAAAACAGGAGCACCGGGGUGAUAAAGGCGACAAAAGCAUGCGUUAUCAUCACUUUAACUGGCAUUAUAAUUUGCCGAAUGACGUGAAUGCUGAAGCGUUGUCCUCCAAAUAUACAAAGGAUGGAAAGCUGGCGAUUGAAGCACCAAGAAUGGAGCCGUCACAGCCGAGAACCUUGGAAAUCAUGGAGGAAUAAAAACGGUUUAUUAUAAAA